AUGCUGUCGGCGCAGAUGUUCGCGCCCCUGGCGCCGGCCGCGGCGGGGGCACCCCGCAGGGCGCCCUCGCAUGCCCGCAGGGAGGGCGCGGCGCCGCUCCUGCCCUCGGGGGCCGCCCUGAGGCUGAGGAGGCCGUCGCCGGGCGUGGUGGUGGAGCCCGCCAAGGAGGUGGUGGCCACGCGGGCGGCCGCGCAGGAGCUCGAGGGCCUGGACGGCGUCGUCUCGAAGGUUGUGGGUCCCAGCCUUGCUCCUGGAAUCGUCACGUCGAGCUUCAUCUUCAUGUGGUAUGCAUUGAACGUUGUGUUCAAUCUGACCAACAAGUCGAUCUUCAAGUUCUUCCCAUAUCCAUGGACAGUGUCAACAGUCCAUGUGACUGUAGGCGCUAUCUAUUGCCUGUUCACCUACGCCAUUGGCCUGAAGAAGGCUUCCUUUGGACGAGCUGUCACCUGGGAUGAGUUUAAGAAGAUCAGCGGACCAGCAAUCAUGCAUGCCAUUGGCCACAUCGCGGCAAAUGUGUCUUUUGCUGCUGUCGCGAUCUCCCUGACACACACAGUGAAGACACUGGAGCCAGCCUUCAACUGCCUCCUGGGGUGGCUCCUGAUGGGACAGGCAACACCAUUCCCCGUCGUGCUGUCUCUGUUGCCUAUCAUGGCGGGUGUCGCAAUGGCGUCUGCAGCUGAGCUGACAUUCAAUUGGUUGGGCUUUGGCAGCGCCAUGUUGUCGAACAUCACAUUUGCAUUCCGGGCUGUGUGGGGAAAAAGCGCCAUCAAGUCCAUCCCCAACCUUGAGAGCACGGCAGUGUAUGCCUACACCACUCUCAUCUCAGUGUUCUUUUGCCUGCCUCUUGCACUCAUAAUCGAGGGCCCUACACUGAAGGCUGGUGCACAGGCGGCCAUCGCCAAAGUUGGCGCACAGAACUUCUAUACCGCUCUGUUGGCGGUUGGCCUUUUCUACCAUCUUUACAACCAGUUUGCCUUCAACACGCUGGGCCGGGUGAACCCCGUGUCGCAUGGCGUCUGCAACGUCGUCAAGCGCAUCGUCAUCAUCGGCACCUCGGUCGUCUUUUUCGGCAACGUCCUCACCACGCAGACCAAGAUCGGCACGGCCAUCGCCCUCUUUGGAACGUACCUCUACGUCGAGGCACAGAAGCGGUUCAAGGCACCGCCGGCACCCCAGGUGGAGGGCGCAGCGGCAUGA